AUGGCGUCGCCCGUGGCGCGGUUCUUGCUCCCGGCGGCGGUCUUGUUCCUCGCCGUCCUUGGAUCGGCUGAGGCGGGGACCGAGGCGGCGGCGGCGCUGCUGGAGUUCAAGCGCGCGAUGCUGGACGUGGACGGGCGGCUUUCCGGCUGGGGCGGCGCGGGUGCGGACCCCUGCGGGUGGGCCGGCAUCGCCUGCUCCGCCGCCGGCGAGGUCACCGGCGUCACGCUCCACGGCCUCAACCUCCACGGGGGGCUCUCCGGCGCCGUCUGCGCGCUCCCGCGCCUCGCCGUCCUCAACGUCUCCAAGAACGCGCUCGCGGGCGCCGUCCCGCCCGGCCUCGCCGCCUGCGCCGCGCUCGAGGUCCUCGACCUCAGCACCAACGCGCUUCACGGCGCCGUCCCGCCGGAGCUCUGCACGCUGCGGGCCCUCCGCCGCCUCUUCCUCAGCGAGAACCUCCUCGCAAGCGAGAUCCCCGCCGCCAUCGGCAACCUCACCGCGCUCGAGGAGCUCGAAAUCUACAGCAACAAUCUCACCGGGAAGAUCCCCACAUCCAUCCGCGCGCUGCGCCGGCUCCGCGUCAUCCGCGCCGGGUUCAACGACAUCUCCGGCCCCAUCCCCGUCGAGCUCACCGAGUGCGCCAACCUCGAGGCGCUCGGGCUCAUGCAGAACAACUUCACCGGGGAGCUGCCCCGGGAGCUCGCCCGCCUCAAGAACCUCACCACAUUGUUCCUCUCGAAGAACGCCCUCUCCGGCGAGGUCCCGCCGGAGCUCGGGAGCUGCACCAACCUCCAGAAGCUCGCCCUCAACGACAACGCCUUCACCGGAGGCGUGCCCAGGGAACUCGCCGCGCUGCCGUCGCUCUUAAAGCUGUACAUUUACAAGAACCAGCUCGACGGCACCAUCCCACCGGAGCUGGGAAACCUGCAGAGUGUACAGGAUAUUGACCUCUCGGAGAACAAGCUCGCCGGCAUCAUCCCCGGCGAGCUUGGCCGGAUACCCACGCUCCGGCUUCUCUACCUCUUCGAGAACCGCCUGCAAGGUAGCAUCCCGCCGGAGCUCGGCCAGUUGAGCAGCAUAAGAAAGAUUGACUUGUCCAUCAACAACCUCACCGGCACAAUUCCGAUGGCGUUUCAGAACCUCAGCAGCUUGGUGAAUUUGCUACUCUCCGAUAACCAUCUCCAUGGCAUCAUCCCUCCAUUUUUGGGAGCCAACAGUAAAUUCUCAGUGCUCGACUUGUCCGACAACCAGCUGACGGGCAACAUCGUCCCCUGA